AGAAGGUCUCAUUCUCCAAUUCGGCGCGGCCGCCCACAUGCUACAAACACCUGUUAGAAAAGAUACCAAGUCUUUUUUAUCAUGUUUUCUUUAGAAUGAAAGAGGGUCUCGAGACCCUGGUCAUUUAUCCUAGAAACCCCAUUGAAAUCUCAAUAAUUAAAUCAUAUUUAAAGAUUAAGGCGCAGUUGCGACGACGUGAAAUAGUCGCGAUGAUUUCAUCUCUAACCGUGCUCGCUACUCGACGAUCUUUUAUAUCUCUAAGGUACUUACGUUAAUAAUUAUCAUAGGUAAUUUAGGCCAGCUAUCUGCGUCAGAUUUGUGAUAACUGCAGGAUGCGUUUUAGUCUCGCUCUUUCGACUCUUGCUCUCGUAGCAGGGUCUCUGGCAGCCAACUGCAAUGGCCACGCCGAACUCUGCAACCGACGAUACAGCAACAUUACUUUCGCCGGGGCACAUAACUCCCCGUUCGUCGGUAUCGGACCCUCAGAUAACCAAUUCACAUCUCCGACAGAUCAGCUGAAGCAAGGCAUACGCUUUCUGCAGGCGCAAACCCAAGAGAAGGAUGGAGAACCGGAGAUGUGCCAUACCUCUUGCAUAUUAGAGGAUGCUGGUACUUUGCAGAGUUAUCUGAGCGAGAUCAAGAGCUGGGUCGACGCCAACCCGAAUGAAGUUAUCACCUUGCUCAUAACGAACCCCGACGCUAUUGAUAUCAACAAGUACGGCGAUGCAUUCAAGUCGACUGGUUUGGCUACCUACGUUUUCACGCCGGAUGGACAACUCGGGUUGAACGACUGGCCCACAUUGGCGGAAAUGAUCUCGAGUGGCACCAGAGUUGUGGUAUUCAUGGACUACAAUAUGGAUACAUCCAAGGUGCCUUACAUCCUCGACGAGUUCGGAUACUGGUUCGAGACCCCGUUCUCUCCGACGAAGGACAACUUCAUCCAGUGCAACAUCGACAGGCCAGCGGGAGCUAAGGCAGACGGCCGAAUGUUCCUAGCUAACCACAACCUGAAUAUUGAGAUCUUGCCCGACAUUCUGAUCCCGGACCCGCUCCAAGCGGCCAAGACAAACUCGAUCGCAUCCAUUACUUCGCAGACGAAUAUCUGUGUUAAGAACUACGGUCGCAACCCUAAUGUAGUGCUGCUUGACUUCGUGAGUCGGGGAGACACGAUCAAAGUCCAGAACCAGCUCAACGGACUAUAGAUAUAUGAGGAAAUCAAUGGAUAUGCAAGAUGUCUUUAAUGAUAAUGAUGAUCUGUUUUUUCUUACGCUACCAUUCUUCGUCUUAUAUUUGAUCAGACAUCGAAUUGUUUGAGAUCGUCGUGUACGGAGGAUGGGUCACUUUAGAGUAGGAGCUAUAGCAUUUUAUGUAUAUAUUCAAUUCUAUGAUGGGGUUAUCUCUGCCAUGGUUAGAGAUAA